UGAGGUGCCACCUAUAUUUACCAAGCCAUGUGCUCACACUUCAAAGAGCAGAACUGAUGGAAGCUGUCCGAUGACAUCCGGGGGAGAUAGCGAGCUCGCCCCAGGAGGAGUCCAGGUUGCCGUCCGUUGGGACAUUUCCACCGGGGGAAUCCAAAGAAAUGAAAAGGCCUCCCGGGGGAAACAUGCCAAUUCAAGACAGAUGAGGAGAAAGUAGGCUGCAUUUUUCCUCCGCAGUCAUUUGCAGACGGAGCUGAGUGACAAAGAGUCGUCUUUUAUCAUCAAUCCUUCGCUGAAGAUCCCAUAACUUUCACGUGGAGCGUGAAUCUGACUUUACAGCUCACACGUGUUGAUGGUUUUGUGGUUUUCUUGAGGACGCUUAAGAUUUGGAUCAAGCUCUGUAUGACAAAAUAAAAUAAUUCCUCACAUGGACAACAACUCGAGAACGUCUCUGAGUGUUGAGAACCGACCCAGAUAGUUUGUCUCUGUGGACGCUGUGGCCUUGUUUCAACAAAUUACAUUGGAAGCUCUUGGGAACUGAGACGCCUCUGAUUUUGGACAUCAUUCAUUCCUAUAACAAACAGAAGAUCUUGUAGGAGGAAACAGAGUCCAGUAAGAGUCCCUGUGGCCUGUGUAAUACGGCAUUUUGAGGCGUGUGUGUGUUUGGAUACAAACCGCAGAUUAUAACAAACUACAGAAAUCAAUAAAAAAAAACGAUGAGGAUUUGUCGUAGUUGUUCAUUAUUUAAUCGUUCUCUUCACCAAUGUUUUGUUGUUCAUCCCCUAACAGCCCUGCGUGUAAAUUGAUGGCCCUUUGUGUUGAAAUGACAGCUUAUAAACGUCAUCAUGAAAUGGGAGAAGUUAAGGCCUCCAGAGCCGGACGAUCCGAUGUGUUGCUGUGAGUGUGACAUCGACCAGUACGGAUGUUGCUGUGACUGCGAGGAUCUGGAUGGAGCCUUCAACAGGUGGCUGAGAGAAAGACCCCGUGAAGGCGGAUGUGGGCCUCCCUUUCGCGGCGCCAUCACUGACAAACUGGAGAUCUCCAUGAUCCCCGUCCUGGUGCUGCUGCCUCUCCUGCUGCGGGUGGCGGCGCUGCACUACCUGCUGGGCGUCCUCAUCCUGACGGCUCUGCCCGGCCUGGUGCUGUGGUACUACUACGCCACGCACCGAAAGAAGACGCGCACCCUCUUCUUCCUCACCCUGGCUCUCUUCUCCCUGUUCUACAUGUACUACCUCUUCGUGGCAGAGAUUCUACCCCGCGGGGACGUCGGCCGGCCGCAGCAGUGCGCCGUGACCGCAGGGGUGAUCCUCACCGUAGGGUGCCUCGUCCACACCAAGAGAGGCCCGGGCCUGGUGAGCGCCGAGCUGCAGGGAGCGCAGGGUCGUCGCCAGGAGGCCGGCGAGACACCCACGCGCGCUCACGGGUCCAUCCCGUCGGCAGCGUCCUCAGCUGAAGAGGCCCUGGCGGCAAAAUGGAGCACCUGUCCUGUGUGCAAAAUAACGCGCCCCCCGCGGGCCGGACACUGCCGAACCUGCGGGUCAUGUGUCCAGCGCCUGGACCACCACUGCAUCUGGAUAAACAGCUGUGUUGGACAGGCGAACCAUCGCAGUUUCCUGCUGACCCUGUGUGUGUUCCUGUCCACCUCGCUGUACGGCAUCAGCGUGGUGCUCCGCAGCCUCUGUCCUCGGCAGCAUCUGAUGACGGCUCUCCUCUACUGCCCCGGCGUCUACAGUCAGUCCAGCAUGGCCCUUUGCUUCACUUGUGCUUGGUACAGCAGCAUCGUCACGUGUGGACUCAUUUACCUGUUGGUGGUGCAGGUCGCGAACAUCAGCUUCAACGUGACGGAGCGGGAGGCCCAGCUGGCUCUGAGGAACAAAACGGGCCGCAGGCGCCUGUGGGGACUCGCCGUCGACACGGGGGAGUUUUCACGCGGCUUCUAUCACAACUGGGUUGAGUUUCUCACCAUGACGGACGCCUCGGUUGCUCCUCGCUCCAGCCUCCCUGACUUAGUGUAGCUUGCCUCUGUACUCUGUGCUCACAUCCUGACAACGGACUGUUUGAACAGCAUGAAGAACGACAUCCGGGGCAUUGCUUAGAAAUGAUCAGCUCAUGUCUUGCUUUUUCCAUUCAAGCCUCUUUAUACCAAACUGAAAACACAAUUUCGACUCCACGGUGCUGAUGCAGCCUACAUGGAGUCUACUAAUUCAUGAUUGUUUUCAAAGUUGUCGCACAAUUUAUUAAAGGAACCGUGUGCCGAUUAACCAAUAGAAGAACAGCAGCAAGCUCUUGGCUCCGGUAUCUCAGGUACCUUCUUUGGAGGCCCCCCUGAAGAUCGUCUGAGUCAAGCAGAGAGAAAUGAAGCGUGGCCUAAAUUCAGUCAGGAAGGCUGGAGAAGCCGGUGCCUUUCCCAGGGGCCUCCUGUCUCCCUCUGGGUGCGCCAUCAGCUGAUUGGGGGCGGGCUCGUUGAGCACCAGCCAACCAAACGAGGGCACCGUUUCCGUAUGCCAAUCGCAUCGUUGCUGCCUAACGUUAAGAGCUGUUCUCCUUUCUGUUGCUGUCAGACGUCAUUUCAGCAAGCACAAAGGCAACCGACCCCCCCCCACACCCCCCCCCGACACCUCCAAACAGGGGAAGCACAUGAUGCCUCAUCUCAGCAGCAUCUCAGGCCCCUGGUCUGUCCUACGGCUGGAUGGAGAACUUUGCACAUUAAACGUUUAUGCAUGUUUAAUGCAUCAUUGUUAAAUAUUCAGAAGUCUCUCCUGAUUAAAAUUCCCCCCAGCACUUUGGUGAAACCUGUUUAUUCAGCAUUAGAUGACACAAAACAGACACGCAAAUGUGGCACAGACGGAUGGAGCGAUGCAUCUGACCCCUGUGAGUCAUAACUGAUGAAGAAGAACUUCAUAUUCUUCUCUGCUUUGUUCAGAGUUAUUGAUUUUUUUUUCUAAUGUAAUGCUUGCUCUCCACUGCUGUCUGUUGCCAGUAGUUCUCCUUUUAGCCUGUGCUGACCUACACAUAUUAAGACCUGCAAGGUUUGUUCCUGUAAAUGAUCACGUUCCUAUACAAUUAAUGUAUAUUAAGAUGAUGGCCACUGUCCAUAACUUCUAACAUUUCAUGUGUAUAAGUAAUUAUUUUCUCUUGUAUAGCUCAAUAAACAGCAAACAGAAGUAUGUGAUCUCUUCACUCCAUGACUUAAUUGGCUUGAUUGAUAACAGAUAGUUAUCAAUUAAUCAAUUAAGUUCAAACCCGUGUCUCUUUUUUUAAAUCCCUGAGUUUAUCAGCUCAUAACAUUGAGGCGGGAGUACGGUCUGAGGACAUCUGCAGGCCGGUCUAAGCAUUUUAAGAGGAAGCUGCCUCUCCUUUUACCUCCCUCGACCACGGCCGCUCCUCACUGGGACAAUAUGUAACAAGCCAAUAGGAAUCUGAAUGAAGUGCUGCAGUUUCCUCGCAACUUAUCACAGUCAGAAAAUGAUGCAGCAGUGAAACUACGAUGUCCCAAAGAAGGACUAUAAAGAAGAAAACAACGCAUCUAAUGUCUUUUGGCUCCUUUCUAUCUAAACAACAGAUUGAGAACGUUAAUAAACGCUUGACGUUACUUAAACCAA